CUUCCCAACCCUUUUUACCAUGAAGAGGGUGAAAUAAUUGAAAAAAAAAUACAAAAAAAGUAUGCUCUAGGUGAGGCUCGAACUCACAACCCCGGCAUCGCUCACGACUACUGUCUUAUAAGUACCGUGCGCUAACCAAUUGCGCCACUAGAGCUUGUUAGAUACAAAAUUACAUGCUCCUUAUGAACGAAAGGCAUAUUUAUUGAUAAUAAACCGUUUAUAGAACGUUUAUUUGUUACUCAUAACUUAAAAAAAGCAUCAAACAUUAAUUAAAAACCCAUAAUUUAUCUCUAAAAACACGACUUUUUGCAUAAAAAGCGUCGUGGCGGCAAUAAAAACCAUUUAAAAUACUCUCACCUGAUUGGUGAAACCUUGGCAUCCUAAACGUCAAAAAGUCCAUUGAUAAAAAUAAUGUUGUGUUUGUGUUACGUUUUGUACACAUUAAUGACUUAAAAUGCUGAAAAUCAAGGCCCUAAACGAGGAUUCGUCCUCUGAAGAGGACAGCCCGACCAUACGAAGGGAGGCACAGGAAGAAAUCGUGCUAGAGUUGUACAAUAACGCCCUAAGGGCCCUGACUGCGAACGACAACUCAAAAUGCAUCGAAAUCCUCACUCAGAUCCUACAGGAGAACAUUCCCCAGUUGGAAACGAACGGGGAUUUGCCCAAGUCCAUGUCCAACCUAAAAUACUCUUGCUAUUUGAAUUUGGGGACAAUACACCUUAAGGGGGCCCACAAUAGUGAUGCCCUGGACAGUUUUAUUAAGGCUUCAGAACUUGACUCGACUGAUGUAACCUUAUGGACCAAAAUUGGCCGAUUAGCACUUAAGGAAAACCUGUUUAAUAAAGCUGCUUAUGCAUUUUCCAAGGGUUUAGAGUGUAAUGAGUCCCACUGGCCCUGCCUUGAUAGCCUUAUUUCAGUUUUAUAUGCUAUUAGAGACACAAUUUCUUGUAAUUGUUAUAUUGGCAAAGCCUUAUCUUUGGAUCCUGAUUAUAUUAAGGGUCAUGUGCUCCGCAAGCAGAUCUACCAAGACAAUCCUGCUGCCGAAGAGUAUUAUUGUCAACUAAACCCUGACCACACAUCUGAGCCUGAGGCGAUAGAAAUUGAACCAGAAGAAGCAGAAAAAGUGUUAAAUGAAGCUGAAACUUUAUGCCAAAGGGUGAGUGAGGUUGAGGCCUCUCUUAUAACGAAACCUUGGGGCACUAUUCCAUUACCCAAGGCCCUUGAGGAGUUUUCUUGGGUUUCUUUGGCUAAAACUGUGAUUUUUUGCCACCAGUACAUGACAGAGAACAAUCUGAGUCACUUUACUGCCUUUGAUAUGAGUAAAUCGAUGAGUAAUAGUGGAGAGGAAAACAUCAUGGUGGUAGAAGAAGUGGGUAAGAAUGAUGUGUGCGAAGAGAUGGAGAAUUGUGAUAAAGUUCCUGAGGUUGUGGAGAGGAGGAUGUCACAGAAUAGUGAAAACACUAUGGGUAAUGAGAAGGAGGAUACUCCAUCACAGACUGAUAAUGAUGAGGAACAAACCAACAUGGAAAUCGACAAUGACGAGACGGACGACAACCAGGCCGGCGACACCGCGGACGCCAACCAAAAAAAAGCGACAAAAAAGCGCAAACGCGACGUACUCUCCGACUUACAGAUCUGGGGCUGGCACAGUAAACGGAAACGACCGAAAAAAAGCAACAAAGACGUCACGGUCGAGGACGCCCUCAACCGGAUCAUCCCGGAAACUUUAUUAAAAACGGGGGCGAUCGAAAGUGAGGUCGUCUCUCUGGGGGGCAAGGAGGAACCGAAGGACCUGUACGACGUGUCAGUUGAGGAGGCGCAAACGCUUCGCCCUCAGGUCACAGACGCUUAUUUCGGCACCGAACGGGAGUCUGAGGAUGUGCGCAAGCUCUGGACCCGGGAGCGAAGCAAAGUCCACGCUGUCGCACUCGUUAAAGAUUUAGUUUUUGGGUUGGCGCGUCUCUGGCAGGUGCGAUGGCCCAAGGAGCUCGUUCCGCUCUACAUACAGGCUUUCAAGCUCUACCGCUCCCAUUACGACCAACCGGACCCGAACUGGUCGGAGCGCGACGAACAUUUCAAACGUCAAGACGCUUCCGCCGCUCAACUGCACGCGGAACUCUCCACGUUCAGCGCGGACCCGCCCGAGUUUCCGCACUCGUUCGCCGUCGGUUAUUUGCGGGCCGCAUGCGCUUGGGCCGACGACUACGACAUCGCCCUGAUGCGAGUCUGCUGGCUCGAGUCGUAUCUGCACGCGAGAGGCGACGACCCGAGGAAGAACGAGCUCGCGCUCAUGUCGCUCGAGACGCUCCUCGAGCAGAUCGAGGGGCGGGAGGGCGGCGAGGGCGAAGGCUCGUUCGUUCUCGCUUUGUCGAACUGCUUCAGGUGCGGUCUGGUCGCCGGCCGGGUGGUGAACAGGAUUAUCGGGCAUCUGAAUAUGAUCACCUCGAUGGAGGGCGUGGAGACGCUGUUUAGCGAGAAGAAGUAUCGGGAGGCGGCCGAUAUUGUGAAGAAGACUUUCCCUUAUGGGGGGUGUUAUAAGGUGGGGACGAUGGGAAGACCGGCACAGUUGGGCAUAUUAAUGCACAGUUUAUGGUACACCGACUUACCGGAGUGUUUCAUCUGGACCGAGGAGUGUCUCAACGAAGCGGUGACCACCCUAAACCGAUCCCACUCGAACCGGGACCCUUGGGAGAAAAUCCUGGACAAAUGUCUGAUUUUCUGCCAGGAAAUCAUCAACAAAGAGUCCGUGUGCGUGACCGAUAAACUCCCCGCGGAAAAACGCACGCGACUCGUGGAAAACCUGGUGAAAAUCAUCUGCAAAUCCCUAAACUCCCAUAAAGUGUCCAGCGUCACCCCGUGGAUCGUUUUACACUACAUGGUGCUCCGCGAGGAGACCAGGAUCUACUCGGCGAAGCGGAACGCCCUGAAAAAGCGACAAAUGCUCCCGAGGGACGAGGAGGUGCCGCCCUCGAUCGCCCUUUUGUUUUCCGCCCACGAGUUCUUGGGCCCCAAGGGGUGUUGCCUGGCGGGCAACGGUGAACUCCUCCAUUUUCUACUGGAUUCGGUCGUGGACAAACUGGACUCCGGGUUCGCUUACUAUCGCGACAAAAUGGAGAUCCACGUGGAGCAGGCCUUCUUCUGUCUCUACUCUUACCCCAGCAAGAAGAACAAGAUCUCUCGUCACCUGGUGGACCACAACGUCACUAACCCUUUACCGCUCACCUGGGAGGACUCGGUGUUGCUUUAUCAGUUUUUCGCACCGGAAACGCUGCCCGAGUUCAAUUCGUACAAGAGUCAGUCGAUUUCCGGGGAGUUGGAGCAGCUCUUUGAGCGGAUAGUCGGCCUGAUGCCCCCCAGUUUUGGGGUGCAGGACAUUUUGCCUAAAAUCCGGGAUUUUAUCGCGGGGAAGGCCGACAGCUUACCGGACCCGAUAGGGUUCGAUCGGUUUCCCUACAAAUUGAGGGCGAUUUAUUAUUUAAUCGGCGACUACUACUUCAAAGAAAAAGAGUUCGCCCGCUGCGUGGAGUUCUUCCAGCGGGACCUCUGCGUGAACCCGAUGCGGGUGGACUCGUGGGCCUCCCUGGGGCUCAGCUACGCCGCCCAGCUCGAUCAGACCCUCAACUUUUGCGAGAAGAUCCAGAGCGAGUCGGAGUUUUUCGAGCGCGCCAAGUGCGCCCAAGUCUGUUUCCGUAAAGCGCUCGAACUCGAUCCGGAGAACUUGAUCCUGUGGAUCGAGUGCGGCUCCUUCGAGUACAUGGUGCACUCGUUCUGCUCCCGCCUGAUCAAAUUCGAGUCCGAAAAUUUUAGCAUGGAAAAGUUUGAGCUGCUGGAGUCGGAAAAGGAGAGCUACCUGUGCAGCGCGGAAAACAGUCUGGAGCACGCCAUAAAGAUCUACGAGAUCCAGGAUACCGCCGAGGCGGACGAGCGCUGGCUCCAGUACUACUUGCUGGGGAAAAUCGCCGAAAAGCGUCGCAAACAUCCGUCGUACUACCUGAAAUAUUACGCGAAGGCCUCCAACCUCUUGCACGAGAACAAAGCCGAGUACCCCCCGAAAAUAAACUACAACAACCCCCAGCAUCUCUCGGUGGAGGCCCUGGAGCUGCACUACAGGGUGCACGCGUCAAUCUUAAAAUACCUGGAACUGCACGAGGGCAAACCGAUCAGUCACAGUUUGGGCGCCCUGUUUCGGAAAACCCUAGGGGCCACCGCGAAACGUUACACCCAAACAACACCCGUUACAACUUACCAAGACCAAUUCGUCAGCACGUUAAAAUCCGACGACGAAAACGACGCGGAAGUCGUUAAAGAGGUCGUCGAGCGCCUGCUGAGGCACGCCGAGGCAACCGAGGCAAAAGCCGAGGAUCCCGACUGUUCGAUCGUCGAACCGGAGGUGGUCGACAUCGUUAUUUCGGACUCGGAGGAGGAGUCGCCGCCACCGCCGCCUCCUCCGCCUCAAAAAGACGUGCAAACUUUACUGGAUAAAAUGAUGGAGGAGACGAUGAACGAAGCGAAAACCGUCGUCGCGCAACGCGAGUCGAGCGACAGCUCGUCGUCCGACAGUAGCGCGAGCGAGACGGACAGCUCGGGCAGCGACAACGACGAGUCGGACAGUUCGAGCGACUCGUCGUCGUCGUCGUCGUCGUCGAGCGCGGAAACGAGCGAGAAUCUGUCGUCGAGCGAGACGCUGCUGUUGGUCGAGGAGUGCGUGCGGGGCCUCGAGGUGUGCGUCACCAGGUUGGCGCAGAACUACAAGGCCCUCUAUCGGUUGGCGCACGCUUUUUUUCACUACAAGGGCAUGAAGGAUUAUUCCAGGUGCAAACUGUUGCUGCUGCACGAGUACAAAUGCAAAGACGACACCCAAGUGUCCGGCCUCUUCUCCGAUCGUACCGCGCGCAACUUCUUCAACGGCAUUUGGCGCAUCCCCUCUACGGAGAUCGACCGGCCGGGCUCGCUGGCCGCGCACAUGAACCGCUGCGUGUCGCUCGUGCUGCAAGUGUUGCGCCACACGAACGACACCAAGACCCUGAUCGAUGUGCACCUGCAGCUGCGCAAAACGCCCAAUCGUGACAAGAUCUACAUCAAAGACAGCGAUCGCGUCGGAUUCGCCAAUCAGGCGAUGGACAUGUGCGUCCAGAGUUUUAGGGGGCAGAUCAAGGGCGUACCCGAUAUGCCUAACGCGCAGGUUACUAAGCUACUGAACGACCUCUAUAGGGUUUACCGUAGGGUGCAGAAACAUAUACCUAAUAAAGAGGGCGUCUUCGGCGCCCUCUUAACGGACGCCUACAAAAACUUCAUCAAAGAAAAAAUCCCCGAAAACGUAAACGUACUGGACCUGGCCAUAAAGUUCUGCGUCCAGUACCGUCCGGUGGAAAAACCGAAACCACCCGCCCCCACUUUAACUCAACGGAACCCGGGACAAGCUGCCGCCCCGGUACUUCCGACCCCCGGCACCUUCGCCCCCUCGCCCGUCUUAAAACCGCCCACCGUGGGCCGCCCCAGAGGUCGCCCCCCUCUCCCGAAGGUACCGGGGCAACAGAAACCGCCCCGUCCCAAGUACGGCUCCGCCCCUUGGCAGGACUACAGCAACUUGAACUACGAGUACUUGAAACAGUAUCAGGAACAGCUGAUCAAGCAGUACAGCCAGAAUAUGAGCAUAAACGAGCUACAGCAAUUGACCAGUUUGUUCUCGUCGGGGCAGUUGAACAAUCCGGCGGUGUCGCAGGCGUUUGUGAAUCAGUUUUUCACGCAGACCAGCGGAUUUUUGAAUCAGUCGCUCUUUAAACCCCCCGGGGGAGGCCUCAGUGCCGAGCAGUUGAAAAUCCUCGAGCGGGUAUCGGCCCAAAACAAACCCAAAGAGGACAAAAGCGUGAUUAAGGAUCGUCCGAACUUGUCUAUCACCCCGGUGACCACUUUACCCUCCAGUUUGGGGACUCCCAAGUUCCCCACUAGCGUCCAAGCUAAAACUUCCAUUAAUUACUCCUCUUCCAAGCCUAUGACGUAUAAGCCUAAACCCACUUACACUUCGACCAUCACCAGCUCGGACGUUACUAGCUCCACCUACAAAAACAUCAUCGACGUAACGAAAUCUGUUAGUUACAAGCCCAAACUCGGCAACGAUGCCCCUAACACUUCAAGCUUCAUAGCCAAACCUGCCAGUUACACUCCUAAGCCGGCACGCCCCUAUUCAUUAGGCGGCGACAUUGCCAAAUCGGCCUUCAAGCUUGCGCACUCAACGAGCCUCGACGCUGCCAAGUCUACCGCUCCUAAGCCUGCGCAUUCGACCUCAUUAAGCAUCGACAUCCCCAAAUCGACUACCAGCCCAAAAAGCGCUCCUAAGCCUGCGCAUUCGGCCUCGCUAAGCAUCGACAUCGCCAAAUCCGCUGGCACGAAAACCGCCCCCAAGCCUGCGCAUUCGCAAAGCCACGACGUUGCCAAGUCUUCGAGUUACAAACCGAAAUCCGCGCACACGUCCGCCUCCAAACCAAAGGCCGCCUACGUGCCGACGAUUACCACCGCGCACUCGGCAACGAUGCAUCCGGUGUUGCCGAGUGUGGUGGUGACUCCGCCCCCUCCCCAAUCGGUCAGUCCCGCGAAGGGCGGCAGCCCGGGGAAAACCCUGCAGGAAAAACUGGCGGACAAGAAGAAGGAGCAGAUGAUGAAGAGUAUCAUCAUCGAGGCGGACAUUUACAAUAAACCGAAGUUCGCCGGGCAACCGGUCAAGUUCGGGUCGUCGCCGGUCGAACAGUUGAAACUGCCCGCCGGGUUGAGUUUGUCGGCGGCGACGGUGCCGCCCCCUGUGUUUGCGCACGCGCCGUUGCCGCCUCGGUUUGGCGGCGGCGCAGAUUCCGGGGUGUCCAUCAGUCAGAUAUCGGAUAAAAAACAGCAGAGGACGCCUCCGGUGGACGGGGCUCCCAAAAAGUCCGGACUGGCGGGAAAAAAGGCGGUUUAUUCAAAAAAUGAGGGCGCGCAGGCGCUCAGCGUCAUCAAGAAGCUGUCCGCCGUCGAUAUUACGCCGCUGGCGCCAUCUAGGAGCGCCAAUAAAGGCGGCGGCGACGACGACGUUAUUUGUAUUGAUUGAGGGCCCUUAAUUAUUAUUAUCUGAUGUGUUUAUAUAUUUUUAAGUUUCAAUGAUUUGUUUUUAAUGUAAUAAAUUGCUAAGUAGAA